AUGUCAAACGAGUUUAAACAGUUAUCCACCACCCAAGCAAUUCAAUAUGAAUCGGAAUAUGCCGCUCAUAAUUACCAUCCUUUACCAGUAGUCUUCUCUAAAGCACAAGGAUGUGUCAUAAAUGAUCCCGAGGGAAAAUCAUACUUGGAUUUUCUUUCUGCUUAUUCUGCUGUUAAUCAAGGUCAUUGUAAUCCAAGAAUCAUAAACGCAUUGAUUGAUCAAGCAAAGAAUCUAACUUUAUCAAGUAGAGCGUUUUAUAAUGAUGUCUUCCCAGUUUUUGCUUCCAAGAUCACUAGUCUCACUGGGUUUGAGUGUGUCCUUCCAAUGAAUACUGGUGCUGAAGCUGUAGAAACAUCUUUUAAGUUGGUUAGAAAAUACGGUUAUGAAGUAAAAAAAAUCCCUCAAGAUAAGGCAAUCAUUAUAGGUGCACGCGGUUGUUUCCAUGGAAGAACUUUGGGUGCUUUAUCGCUAUCUGAUGAUCCUCAAGCCACAGAUGGGUUUGGUCCAUUAGUUCCAGGGUUUGUUUCAUUAGAAUAUGGUAAUUAUAAUCAAUAUAAAGAAUUCUUAGAGAGUGAUAAGGGGAAAUAUGUCACUGCAAUUUUAUUAGAACCAAUUCAAGGAGAAGCUGGUGUGGUAGUCCCACCUUUAGAUUUUUGGCCAAAAAUAACAGAAUUAUGUCGUAAGCAUGAUGUAUUGUUAAUUGCUGAUGAAAUUCAAACAGGUCUUGGUAGAACUGGGAAACUAAUGUGUUGGCAAAAUUAUACUACUGAAAAACCAGAUGUUGUCUUAUUAGGUAAAGCACUAUCAGGUGGUACUUUACCUGUUUCAUGUGUUUUGUCUUCAAAGAAAAUUAUGAAUGUAUUUACACCAGGCACUCAUGGCUCCACAUUCGGUGGUAGUGCCCUGGCUUCAAGAGUUGCCAUUGAAUCUUUAAAUGUAAUCAUUGAUGAUCAUUUAAUCGAAAAUUCAGAAAAAUUGGGUAAAAUUUUCAAAAAUCAAUUAAGUGUUAUUCAAAAAAAUGAUGCGAAUAAUAUUAUUACUGAAAUUCGUGGGAUGGGACUCUUGAUGGCCAUUGUAAUUGAUUCAAAAAAGGCAAAUAAUAGAACAGCUUGGGAUUUGUGUCUAUUAUUGAAAGAAAAUGGCCUAUUAGCAAAGCCAACACAUGAUAAUAUUAUUAGAUUAGCUCCUCCUCUAAUCGUUACAGAAAAACAAAUCUUGGAAGCAUCUGUAAUUAUUGAAAAAUGUUUGAAAUUAUUACCCAACGUACCAAUUUCAGGUGAUUAA